AAAGAAGGAUGGUCACCAGCAAAACCAUGCCGCAGACAACGUAUAUUCAAUUAUUUGGAAAAUGGACAAUAUCCAUAUUAUGCAAGAACGUAUGUAGAGGGUGAAUCUGUACCAGUCAGUUGCAAUUCUGGCUACAGUCUUCCCAAUGGGCAGACCAAAAUUACGUGUACAGAGAAUGGCUGGCUUCCUCCUCCCAAAUGCAUCAGUGUCAAAUUUUGUAAUAUGCCAGUUUUAGAGAAUUCCAGAGCCAAAAGUAAUGGUACAUGGUUUAAGGUCAAUGACACAUUGGACUACGAAUGCCAUGAUGGGUAUGAAAGCAAAAGUGGAAACAUCACAGAUUCUAUAACUGGUGAAAAUGGCUGGUCCCACUUGCCAACAUGCUAUAAUUCUCUAGAAAAAUGUGGGCCUCCUCCAUCUAUUAGCAAUGGAGACAUCACAUCCUUCCUAUUAAAAGCAUACCUUCCACAGUCAAGAGUUGAGUACCAAUGCCAGUCCUUCUACGAACUUCGGGGUUCUAAAUAUGUAACAUGUAGUAAUGGAGAGUGGUCAGAGCCACCAAGAUGUAUAGAUCCAUGUGUAAUAACUGAACAAAAGCUGAAUAAAAAUAACAUACAGUUAAAAUGGAAAAAUAGCACGAAACAUUAUGCCAAAACAGAGGAUGUCAUUGAAUUUGCAUAUAAACCGGGAUAUAAGGCACAGACAGCAGUGCAAUCAUUUCGUGCAGUGUGUCGGGAGGGGCUGGUGGAAUACCCCAGAUGUGAAUAAACAGGCGCUGUUCCCCUACACGCGGGGCCGGCUUCUGUUUCUCACUCCCACUGACUCAAAACUGACAAACAUGAUGUCUGAUGUUUUUCUGAUUUCUAUUGUAUUUCAAACAAAAAUGAUAGAAUAGUUUCAAGUUAUAAUGAAAUGUCUUCUCAAAAAUACCUUAAAAUAAACCAAAUUAUUCAUUAUAAAUGUA